CUGCCUGGAUGAUGAGGUACCGCACCGGGCUGAGGACGCAGCCAGCAGCCGCAGCAUCGUCGGCGGAGGCGGACAUGCGGACGGCGACCGGCGGCGGCCACCAGGCUCACCUGCAGUGAACCGGCGAGGAUGGCGGGGGGCCGGAGGGGACUUGUGGCCCCCCAGAACACUUUUUUGGAGAAUAUUGUCAGGCGGUCGAACGUUUGGACACUGUCACAUAGGCAGACAGACACCAACUUCGUCCUGGGGAACGCCCAGAUCGUGGACUGGCCCAUCGUCUACAGCAACGAUGGCUUCUGCAAGCUGUCGGGCUACCACAGGGCCGAGGUGAUGCAGAAGAGCAGCACCUGCAGCUUCAUGUAUGGCGAGCUCACAGACAAGGACACGACGGAAAAAGUGCGACUGACGUUUGAGAAUUACGAGAUGAACUCCUUUGAAAUACUGAUGUACAAGAAGAACAGGACGCCUGUUUGGUUCUUUGUGAAGAUCGCACCGAUUCGGAACGAGCAGGAGAAGGUGGUCUUGUUCUUAUGCACCUUCAGCGACAUCACGGCCUUCAAGCAGCCCAUUGAGGACGACUCUUCCAAAGGAUGGGGGAAGUUCGCCCGACUCACCCGAGCACUGACCAGCAGCAGAGGCGUCUUGCAGCAGCUUCAGCCGACGGUACACAAAGGAGAGAACGUCCACAAGCACUCGCGACUAGCAGAGGUGUUGCAGCUGGGCUCCGACAUCCUCCCCCAGUACAAGCAGGAGACCCCCAAGACCCCGCCCCACAUCAUCCUGCACUACUGCCUCUUCAAGACCACGUGGGACUGGGUCAUCCUCAUCCUCACCUUCUACACGGCCAUCAUGGUGCCCUACAACGUAUCCUUCAAGACCAAGCAGAACAACGUGACGUGGCUGGUGGUGGACAGCAUCGUGGACGUCAUCUUCCUGGUGGACAUCGUCCUCAACUUCCACACCACCUUCGUGGGCCCCGCCGGCGAGGUCAUCUCCGACCCCAAGCUCAUUCGCAUGAACUACCUGAAGACCUGGUUCGUCAUCGACCUUCUCUCCUGCCUGCCGUACGACGUCAUCAACGCCUUUGAAAACGUGGACGAGAAUUGGAACCAUCGAGCUGUCACUCAAGGCAUCAGCAGCCUCUUCAGUUCCCUCAAGGUGGUCCGCCUCCUCCGCCUGGGCCGGGUGGCCCGCAAGCUGGACCACUACAUCGAGUACGGGGCAGCGGUGCUGGUCCUGCUGGUGUGCGUUUUCGGGCUGGCGGCUCACUGGCUGGCCUGCAUUUGGUACAGCAUCGGCGACUACGAGGUUAUCGACGAGGACACCAACAUCGUGCGCAUGGACAGCUGGCUGUACAUCCUGGCCGAGACGGCGGGCACGCCAUACCGCUUCAACGCCAGCGGCUCGGGCAAGUGGGAGGGCGGCCCCAACAAGGACUCGGUCUACAUCACGUCCUUGUACUUCACCAUGACCAGCCUCACCAGCAUCGGCUUCGGGAACAUCGCCCCGACUACGGACGGAGAGAAGAUCUUCGCCGUGGCCAUGAUGAUGAUCGGAUCGCUCCUCUACGCCACCAUCUUCGGUAACGUGACCACCAUCUUCCAGCAGAUGUACGCCAACACCAACCGCUACCACGAGAUGCUCAACAGCGUGCGGGACUUCCUCAAGCUCUACCAGGUGCCCAAGGGCCUGAGCGAAAGGGUCAUGGACUACAUCGCGUCCACCUGGUCCAUGUCGCGGGGGAUCGACACCGAAAAGGUGCUGCAGAUUUGCCCCAAGGACAUGAGAGCGGACAUCUGCGUCCAUCUCAACAGGAAAGUGUUCAAAGAGCACCCGGCCUUCCGACUGGCCAGCGACGGCUGUCUGCGGGCGCUGGCCAUGGAGUUCCAGACCAUCCACUGCGCGCCCGGAGACUUGAUCUACCACGCCGGGGAGAGCGUGGACAGCCUCUGCUUCGUGGUGUCGGGCUCGCUGGAGGUCAUUCAGGAUGACGAGGUGGUGGCCAUCUUAGGCAAAGGGGACGUAUUCGGCGACGUCUUCUGGAAGGAGGUGACGCUCGCUCAGGCAUGCGCCAACGUCCGGGCCCUGACCUACUGCGACCUCCACGUCAUCAAGCGCGACGCCCUGCAGAAGGUGCUGGAGUUCUACACGGCCUUCUCCAAUCACUUCUCCCGCAAUCUGCUGCUCACGUACAACUUGAGGAAGAGGAUGGUCUUCAGAAAAAUCAGCGACGUGAAACGCGAGGAAGAAGAGCGCCAGAGACGGAAAAACGAAGCCCCCCUGAACUUGCCGCCAGAUCAUCCCGUGCGAAAGCUCUUCCAGCGCUUCCGGCAGCAGAGGGAGGCUCGCACCGCCACGGACAAACCCAGCGAAGAGCACGACGUGGAAAAGGGUCCCGACUAUGCGGACGUGCCCAAAACGGCCAUCAUCACCACCAGCAUUGUCACGGUAACGGAAAGCCCGGCCACGCCGUCGUCUUCGGCGACCCUGUUGUCGACGAGCCCCGGCGGCGCCCCCGCGGACAAGCUGAAGCUGCAGGUGCCGGCCCCGGUCUCCCUGGUGGGGGGUCGGGCGGCGGAGUCCGGCAAAGUGGUGAAAGGCUGGGGGCGCUUCAAGGAGUCCAUGGCCAAACCCGACAACUGGAAGACGGUGUCCAAAGCGGAGUCCAUGGAGACUUUGCCCGAGCGGACCAAGGGCCACGAAUCCCAGUUGUCGCUGAAGAAGACGGACUCGUGCGACAGCGGCAUCACCAAGAGCGACCUGCGCCUGGACAAGGUCAGCGACUUCCGCUUGACCCCGCAGGACAGGAGCCCCGUCCAGCCCCCCGAGACCAGACGCCCCUUCUACCCCAUCCCCGAGCAGACGCUGCAGGCCUCGCUCCAGGAGCUCAAGCUGGAGCUGAAGGACGACCUGAAGAACAUCAACGUUCGAAUGUCGGGCUUGGAGGCGCAGCUCACCGAAGCGCUCCAGCUGCUCAAAGCCCGGACGCCCACCGCCGGCUCGCCGCAGCAUCUCUUUGACAUUUCCAGACCCGCUUCGCCGGAAGUGGACAAGGAGGACAUCUUCUCUUGAGAGAAACCGGACGCGCCCGGCGCCAUUUUACCGUAAGCUCAGCUGGAAUCCGCUAAUGUCCUGAUUACGCGGACAGCUGGGGCCGCACCGGGGACGCCUUUUAGGCGAGGCCACACCCCACGGCGAGUGACCAGGGAGACGUCACGCCGAGAAGCCAAGGCGGAAGCUCCGAGGUAACACUCCACGGCCGUUAAUUUGUAGAUACCAAACUCGUCUUACUGGUUUCCAGAACGGCAUGACUCCAACGUUGGUGUUCGAUUCCUUGCAUGACGUAUAUCAGCUCAGCCUGCAGAUGCUGCGUGUUCGAUUUGAGCGAGGCGACUCGUUGGCGUUACUAACGUCGGCGUGGCGGCGAAAGAGGCCGGUCGAGAGUUGCGCCGCCAGUGACGUACGCUCUUUUGUUACGGCGCCGUUGAGGGUUGCUUAUGAAUUAUACAACAGCAAACGGUACGAGAAGUUAUUGCUAUUAACGAGGGAUAAACUAAACUAGCGUGACUUUUUUAUUUAUUUUUUUUACAUAGCAUGAAAACACGCCUAACCAGACUCACUCUAAUUAUUGUGUGAAUGCUCCAAAGCAUUCACACAUAUGGUUUUCUACACCAAAAUUAUUCUUCUUCUUCUUCUUGUCCAGUUUUUGGCGCGCUCUUCGUUCCACAUUUUUCACCCGAUUCAAACCGUUCCAGCUUCAAACUGUUCGGCCUAUUCGGGAAUCGCGGGCUUUCCCUUAAAAAAUUCCCAGAUUUUCCAGAAUUCCAGGUUUUCCGGGACAUUUUUCCCAUUCAAAAUGAAUUGGCCAUUUUUCAAACUUUCACCAUUUCCACAUUUUUCAACCUAUUCAAACCAUUCCACCUUCAACAUAUUCCACCAUUCUGGAAAUUCAAGCUACCGUUAUUCCAAGUUCCAAAAAAUUCCAGGAUUUUCCAGAAUUCCAGGUUUUCCGGGACAUUUUUCCCAUUCAAAAUGAAUUGGCCAUUUUUCAAACUUUCACCAUUUCCACAUUUUUCAACCUAUUCAAACCAUUCCACCUUCAACAUAUUCCACCAUUCUGGAAAUUCAAGCUACCGUUAUUCCAAGUUCCAAAAAAUUCCAGGAUUUUCCAGAAUUCCAGUUUUUCCGGGACAUUUUUCCCAUUCAAAAUGAAUUGGCCAUUUUUCAAACUUUCACCAUUUCCACAUUUUUCAACCUAUUCAAACCAUUCCACCUUCAACAUAUUCCACCAUUCUGGAAAUUCAAGCUACCGUUAUUCCAAGUUCCAAAAAAUUCCAGGAUUUUCCAGAAUUCCAGUUUUUCCGGGACAUUUUUCCCAUUCAAAAUGAAUUGGCCAUUUUUCAAACUUUCACCAUUUCCACAUUUUUCAACCUAUUCAAACCAUUCCACCUUCAACAUAUUCCACCAUUCUGGAAAUUCAAGCUACCGUUAUUCCAAGUUCCAAAAAAUUCCAGGAUUUUCCAGAAUUCCAGUUUUUCCGGGACAUUUUUCCCAUUCAAAAUGAAUUGGCCAUUUUUCAAACUUUCACCAUUUCCACAUUUUUCAACCUAUUCAAACCAUUCCACCUUCAACAUAUUCCACCAUUCUGGAAAUUCAAGCUACCGUUAUUCCAAGUUCCAAAAAAUUCCAGGAUUUUCCAGAAUUCCAGGUUUUCCGGGACAUUUUUCCCAUUCAAAAUGAAUUGGCCAUUUUUCAAACUUUCACCAUUUCCACAUUUUUCAACCUAUUCAAACCAUUCCACCUUCAACAUAUUCCACCAUUCUGGAAAUUCAAGCUAUCGUUAUUCCAAGUUCCAAAAAAUUCCAGGAUUUUCCAGAAUUCCAGGUUUUCCAGGACAUUUUUCCCAUUCAAAAUGAAUUGGCCAUUUUUCAAACUUUCACCAUUUCCACAUUUUUCAACCUAUUCAAACCAUUCCACCUUCAACAUAUUCCACCAUUCUGGAAAUUCAAGCUACCGUUAUUCCAAGUUCAAAAAAAUUCCAGGAUUCCUGGUUUUGCAAAGCCCUAUUUCCACCCCCUUUUUCCACAACUACUCCUUCCACAUUUUUCAACCCACUUCAACCAUUUCACCGUCAAAACAUUCCUCUUAGUUAGGACAAAAACAAAGUUGUUUUUUGAACUGGAAAAAUUCCCAGUUUUCCUGAAAUUCCAGGAAUUCCGUAACACCAUUUCUCAAUUCAACAUGUUACUACUUCAACAUUUCUCGACCGAUUUGAAAAAUUUCAACACCAACCAUUUCAACUCAUUCAGACCAUUCAAGUUACCGUUAUUCCAAGUUCAAAUAAAUUCCAGGAUUUUCCAGAAUUCCUGGUUUUGCAAAGCCCUAUUUCCACCCCCUUUUUUCCACAACUACUCCUUCCACAUUUUUCAACCAUUUCACCGUCAAAACAUUCCUCUUAGUUAGGACAAAAACAAAGUUGUUUUUUGAACUGGAAAAUUCCCGGUUUUCCUGAAAUUCCAGGAAUUCCGUAACACCAUUUCUCAAAUCAACAUGUUACUACUUCAACAUUUCUCGACCGAUUUGAAAAAUUUCAACACCAACCAUUUUAACUCAUUCAGACCAUUCAAGUUGUUUACCAUUUUCAAAAAAAUUCCAGAUUUUCCCGAAAUUCCCUAAUACCAUUUACUACUUCAACAUUUCUUGCCCGAUUUCAACAAUUCCAACACCAACCAAUUCAGCUCAUUCAGGACAUUAAUGCUCCUAAUCAUUUUCAAAAAAAUCCCGCUUUUCCCAAAAUUCCCAAAUUUCCAGGAAGUUCCCAUUGAAAUGAAUGGGACAUUUUUCCAAGUCGCACAAUUCCCACCUUUUUCAACCUAUUCAAACCAUUGCAACAUUAACACAUUCCACUCAUCCUGGACAUUCAAACUAACACUAUCCCAAGUUCCAAACCAAAUUCCGGUUUCCCUGGAAAUUCAAACUCGACAACAUUCAAACCAUUCCAACAUUCAGACCAUUUCCGCGUUUAAACGAUUUCAACAUUCAAACCAUUUCUACAUUCAUCCUACUUUCCAUUAGCAUUUCAGUUCAGCGUCAGCUCUCCAACAUUCAAACCAUUUCAACAUUCAAACUAUUCUUACAUUCAUACUACAUUCUGUCAUCAUUUCACUUCAUCUUCAGUAUUGGAGCAUUCACACGCAAUUCAUUCAGGAAUUGCCUCUUCUAGUUAAAUAUCAUUUACAUCUCAGUGCACAAUUCCAUUUUUAGAGCGUCGAGAGUUGAAAGGUAAUUGUUUACAUUUUUGUUCUACUGGAUUGCAUGCAAAAAAAAACCUGUGGGCAAAAGACAACCUCUUUUUGGUGGUUGCUAUGUACGUUUAGAGGAAAUAUGCCAACAUAAAAUGUGCAUUUAUUUCCAUUGGGCAUUGCCUUAUGGUUUGGAAUAUUUUAAAAAAAUUAAAAUAUAUAUAUAUGUAUAUAUUUAAAAAAUAUAUACUAAAUUAAAUAUCCACACAAUUUAUUUUGAGGUGUUUUUUUUUAAAUGCCAAACAUUUACAAACACUGUAUAUGAAAAUUAUUUUUGAAAUGGUUUCAUCAUAAAGAUUAAAAUACCUCUGUAACCA